AUGGCAGACACUCAGUCCCGCAAACGCUCGAGAUCUGCGGGCGGUGCGAAUUCGGACAGUGAGUCUUCCGACGAUGACUUUGGGCCAGCUUUGCCCUCUUCGGUGCCUCCGAAAAAGAAACGCAAGCUCCCGUAUGAAUCUCUCUACGUGGAUGCCUUACCCAAAGCGCUGAGGUAUUCCAAGUCAUUGAUGCACAAGGAUCAGCUGUUAGCCGUGACAAUCGCCCCGUCGCCCGCUGAUUUUGUCAUCACCACCUCGGUCGACGGCGUGGUCAAAUUCUGGAAGAAAGUCGCUGUCGGGAUCGAGUUCGCCAAAGAGUACCGCGCACAUGAAGGACCCAUAGUGAGCUCCUCGGUUAGUGUUGAUGGAAGUUUCUUCGCUACUGCUGGCGACGAGGAAGACGGCACGAUCAAGAUUUUCGAUGUUAUCACUUUCGAUCUACUGUCCAUUUUGAACCUCGAGAGCCCGGCUUCUUGUAUAUGUUGGGUGCAUCGGAGGGGAGCUUCGCCAAUAUUAGCUGUCGCUCGCGGCAAAGAGAUCCACAUUUACGACGACCCUGGCAAUUCGCAGACCCCGGUGCAAACUUUGUCUUCUCUUCACAGAGCCCCGGUGGUGGCCAUGGCCUACAACCCAGCCUUUAACUGCGUUGUCUCGGCUGACUCAACCGGCAUGAUUGAGUAUUGGCAACCAGGUGACAACUACGAAAAGCCGGACAGCGUUUUCAAGAUGAAGUCUACGACGAAUCUGUUUGAUUUCAAAAAGGCGAAAUCUGCCCCUUGCUGUAUCACAAUAUCACCUUCAGGUCACCAGUUUGCUACCAUAUCCUUUCCGGACAGGAAGAUUCGAAUCUUCGACUUUGCCUCCGGCAAGCUCUAUCGGUCAUACGAUGAGUCGCUAGAGACAAUAACAUCGAUGCAACAGGCAGGGACGGCGCUCCAGAAGCUCGACGAGGUCGAAUUCGGAAGAAGGAUGGCUGUUGAGCGCGAACUCGACAACCCAACCGUCAGAUCGAGAAUCAACAUUGUUUUUGAUGAGUCAGGCCAUUUCAUCGCAUACGGGUCGCUCCUGGGCAUCAAGGUGAUCAACACCCUCACCAACCGAGUGAUGAAAGCGUAUGGCAAGGAUGAGCCAUUCCGAGCUCUGAACGUGGCUUUAUAUCAAGGAGCGCCCCAAAAGAAAGAAGUGGUGACGGUGUCGAUGGCAGCCAGUGCCAACCCCCUGCUCAACGAGGCCGAGGCUCGAGACCCCAUGUUGUUUGCGACUGCAUAUGGCAAAGUCCGGUUUUACAUGUUCACAAACGACGAAGAGAUUAGCAAGUCGACCCGCGAUGUGCAGAAUGAGAAGCCUCGAGUCAUUUCAGGAAAGAAAAAAGAAGAGAAAAAGGCCCAGUCGGGCACCUCUGCCGUCCUGCAUACCACGUAUGGCGACAUCCACAUCAGAUUGUUUCCGGACAAGGCACCAAAAGCCGUGGAAAACUUUGUCACCCACGCAAGGAACGGCUACUACAACAACACAAUCUUCCACCGAGUGAUCAGAAAGUUCAUGAUCCAAGGCGGAGAUCCUUUGGGCGAUGGCACGGGCGGCGAGAGCAUCUGGGGGAAAGAGUUCGAGGAUGAAUUCUCCGACCUGAAGCACGACAAGCCGUAUACAGUGAGCAUGGCCAAUGCUGGGCCUAAUACAAACGGAUCGCAAUUCUUCAUCACCACGGAGAAAACACCUUGGCUGGACAAAAAGCACACCAUCUUUGGACGUGCGUACAAGGGGUUGGAAGUGAUUCACCAAAUUGAAAAUACAAAGGUGCGAAAGGAGAAGCCGGAGGAGGACAUAAAGAUAGUCAAUAUUUCGAUCAGUUGA